AUGGCUUCACUGAGGAGAGUCAAAGUGUUGUUGGUGUUGAACUUGAUCGCGGUGGCCGGCUUCGUGAUCUUUUUGGCUAAGUGCCGGCCUAUCGCGGUGCGCAGCGGAGACGCCUUCCACGAGAUCCGGCCUCGCGCAGAGGUUCACAAUUUAUCAGUACAGGCAAAGUGCCCAGUCAUGGAUGUGGUGUUUACAAAGGUUAGUUUAUUGGGAGACCUAGUUUACUUAAGGAACAAUGGGUUAUCCAAAUCACUCGGGCUCAUCGAAGGGUAUGGUGGGCGAGGCAAAGGAGGCCUUCCUGCCACCCUUUCCCCCUCUGAAGAAGAAAAAGCCAAAGGACCUCAUGAGAAGUAUGGCUACAAUUCCUACCUCAGCGAAAAGAUCUCCUUGGAUCGAUCUAUUCCAGAUUAUCGUCCCACUAAGUGUAAGGAGCUCAAAUACUCCAAGGAAUUGCCCCAGAUAUCCAUCAUCUUCAUCUUUGUGAACGAGGCCCUGUCUGUGAUCCUGCGGUCAGUCCACAGCGCUGUCAAUCACACACCCACACACCUGCUGAAGGAGAUCAUCCUGGUGGAUGACAACAGCGAUGAAGAGGAGCUGAAGGCCCCCUUGGAAGAGUAUGUUCACAAACGCUACCCUGGGCUGGUGAAGGUGGUACGCAACCAAAAGAGAGAAGGCCUGAUCCGAGCACGCAUCGAGGGCUGGAAGGCCGCCACUGGCCAGGUCACUGGCUUUUUUGAUGCCCACGUGGAAUUCACUGCUGGCUGGGCUGAGCCUGUUCUGUCCCGCAUCCAGGAGAACCGGAAGCGGGUCAUCCUCCCCUCCAUCGACAACAUCAAACAGGACAACUUUGAAGUGCAGCGCUAUGAGAACUCUGCCCUUGGGGACAGCUGGGAGCUUUGGUGCAUGUACAUCAGCCCUCCGAAAGACUGGUGGGACGCCGGAGACCCCUCUCUCCCCAUCAGGACACAGGACAUGACUGGCUGCUCAUUUGUGGUCAACAGGAAAUUCUUUGGUGAAAUUGGUCUGCUGGACCCUGGGAUGGAUGUGUACGGAGGAGAGAAUAUUGAACUCGGAAUCAAGGUGUGGCUCUGUGGUGGCAGCAUGGAGGUCCUUCCUUGCUCAAGGUGCUUGCAGAAUCCAGGGAUCGAUAUAGGUGACGUCUCAGAGAGAAAAGCAUUAAGGAAAAGUUUGAAGUGUAAGAAUUUCCAGUGGUACUUGGACCACGUCUACCCGGAAAUGAGAAGAUACAACAAUACUAUUGCAUACGGGGAGCUUCGUAACAAUAAGGCCAAGGAUGUCUGCCUGGAUCAGGGGCCACUAGAGAACCACACAGCAAUACUGUACCCAUGCCACGGCUGGGGACCACAGAAUGGAGCCAUCAUGAAUAAGGGCACAGGGCGCUGCCUGGAGGUAGAGAACCGGGGCCUGGCUGGCAUUGACCUCAUCCUCAGAAGCUGUACAGGACAGAGGUGGACAAUCAAGAACUCCAUCAAGUAG